UACGUCGGCGCGCCCGGUUCGAUGGCCAUGGUUGCUGUGGACAGACUAGAGAGGCCCCUGCUCAGACGACAACGACGACGCGCGUUCCACACUGCACGAAGGAAAUGGAGGUCUAAAAUCGCACGUGCUUACAUAAGCACCCAAAGGAACACGACGCCCCUCCUCCUCCAUCUUUACAAGUACUUGCUCUCUACGUCGACCACAGCUACAACAUCCGCAAAGACAGCCAUGGCCGACGACGAGUCCUCGCUCCUCCCCGUGCCCAACCUGGGCCUGCAGCAGAAGCUGUUCCUCCUCACACGGCCGAGCGCGCCGCACGCCGACAAGGAGGAGGCGCGGACGGCGCUCCUCAAGGGCAUCGAGGACGACGAGAUGGCGCCGUACUAUGCCAGCAUCGUCAACAGCCCCGAUGCGGCCGUGGCGGCGCUGCUCAAGCGCGACGCUGCACUGCUCAAGCGCCUCGAAGAGAAAAACGAGGAAGCGCUCCGGCUGAUGGACGAGAGCAUCAAGAAGAACGAGGAGGAGGAGGGCGAGUCAGAGGUCAAUGCGGUGUUGAGGCAGAAGGCCAGCUACCUGGCCAAGAUUGGCGACAAGACACGGGCGCUCGAGGCACAUCGGAUCGCGAUUGAAAAGGCCGCCGGGCUCGGCUCCCGGCUGGACCUGACGCUGGCCAUGAUCCGCAUCGGCCUCUUCCACGGCGACCCCGAGGUUACAGUGUCGAGCAUCGCAAAAGCCAAGCUUCUUGUCGAGGAGGGCGGCGACUGGGACAGGCGCAACCGGCUCAAGGUCUACGAAGGGCUCCAUCUCCUCUCGAUCCGCGACUUCAAGCGCGGCGGCGAGCUCUUUCUCGAUGCCCUCUCGACGUUUACGGCGACGGAGCUGCUCGAGUACAACGACUUUAUCACCCUCACCGUGCUCAGCAACAUCCUCUCGCUGCCCCGCACCGAGCUCAAAAAGAAGAUCAUCGACUCGCCCGAGGUGCUGCAGGUCGUCGACGACAUCCCCCACCUGCGCACCUAUGUUACGUCGCUCUACGCGUGCGAGUACGCCACCUUCUUCCAGGCCCUGGCCGAGGUCGAGCAGACACAUCUGCUGCCCUCGCGGCUCCUGGCCCCACAUGCGCGCUACUAUGUCCGGGAGAUGCGCAUCAUUGGCUACGCCCAGCUGCUCGAGUCCUACCGCUCCCUCACCCUCGACAACAUGGCCCAGGCAUUCGGCGUCUCGUCCAACUUCAUCGAUGCCGAGCUCUCGCGCUUCAUUGCCUCGGGCCGCCUGCCGGCCGUGAUUGACCGGGUCGCCGGCGUCGUAGAGACACGCCGGCCAGACUUUCUUUCGGGCAGCUACGGCAAGCUGCUCAAGGACGGAGACCUGCUCCUCAACUCGCUCCAGCGACUCAGCCGAACCGUUCUGUAGCCCAUCUCAUCUACUUCCAAUUCAAUUGUUCUUGUAAGCCCAGACAAAAGCAAAGCGAUGAGGGCAGCAUCACAG